AUGGCCCGGGCCUGGAGCUGCCUCUGUCGCCUCCUCAUCUUCCUCCUGUUCCUCCUCUUCCUCCUGCCGCCGCCGGCCGCGCCCGGGCAGCCCGCGGGAUUCCAGGAGAUUUCCCUGCUCACUUCCUAUGAAGUUGUAACUCCACAAAGAUUGGGAAGGGAACGACGAGAGGCUUCCAACAGCUCCUCAAUACAGGACAAGGUGUCGUAUGCUAUUGAGAUUGAGGGAAAAGAAUACACCAUUCAUCUAGAAAAGAACAAAGAACUGCUGCCCAAAGAUUUCACAGUUUAUACCUAUGACAAGGAGGGAAAGUUGCAAUUGGAAUAUCCAGAUGUCCAGGAUCACUGCCAUUAUCAGGGAUUUGUGGAGGGGAGCCUGGAUUCCCUGGUGGCUGUCAGCACUUGCUCAGGGCUCAGGGGUUUGGUGACAAUAGGGAAUGUCACCUAUGGAAUUGAGCCCAUGGAUCCCUCUCCUGGCUCUAAACACAUUUUAUAUCGACUGGAUAAUGUGAAGAAAGAGCCUAAAACGUGUGGAGUGACCAGUGAAGGCCAGGAAAGGGAACAUGCAGAGGGAAAUCUCCAUCCCAGUAUGACCCAGCUGCUGCGGAGAAAGAGGGCGGUCCUGCACCAGACAAGAUAUGUGGAGCUGUUCAUAGUUGUGGAUAAAGAAAAGUUUGAAGAUUUUGGGAAGAGUGAAACAGAAGUAAGAGAACAUAUGGUGCAGCUGGCAAACUUCCUUGACAGUAUGUACGUUAUGUUGAACAUCCGCAUCGUGCUGGUCGGGCUGGAGAUCUGGAAGCACCAGAACAUCAUCAGCACAGAUGGAGGGGCUGGGGAUGUGCUGGCCAACUUCGUGCAGUGGAGAGAGAAGAACCUUGUGCUGCGGCGGAGGCACGACAGCGCCCAGUUUGUCCUGAAGAAGGGUUUUGGUGGCACAGCUGGAAUGGCCUAUGUGGGAACAGUGUGCUCCAAGAGCCAUGCAGGAGGCAUUAAUGUGUUUGGGAGGAUCAGCAUCCAGAUGUUUGCAUCCAUCAUGGCUCACGAGCUGGGCCAUAACCUGGGGAUGAACCAUGAUGAUGAACGAGUCUGUCACUGUGGAGCAAGCAGCUGCAUUAUGAGCUCUGGAGCAUCGGGAUCGAGGAACUUCAGCAGCUGCAGUGCAGAAGACUUUGAGAAGCUGACCCUGAACAAAGGUGGGAGCUGCCUGCUGAACGUUCCGAAGCCCGAUGAGACGUACAGCGUGCCGUACUGCGGGAACGGGCUGGUGGAUGCUGGGGAGGACUGUGACUGUGGCUCACCAAAGGAGUGUGAGAGUGAUCCGUGCUGCGAGCCAGGAACCUGCAGGCUCCGAUCCGGCGCUGAAUGUGCUUAUGGUGACUGCUGCAAAAACUGCCAGCUCCUUCCUGGAGGCACCGAGUGUCGGGCGAGUACCAACGAGUGUGACCUGCCAGAGUACUGCAAUGGCACCUCCCAGUUCUGCCAGGCAGACUUCACGGUGCAGAACGGGCACCCCUGCCACAACCAGGAGGCGUACUGCUACAACGGCGUGUGCCAGUACUACGACGCACAGUGCCAGGAUAUCUUUGGCUCCAAAGCCAAAGCAGCCCCCAGCAUUUGCUUUGCUGAAGUGAAUUCCAAGGGGGACAGAUUUGGCAACUGUGGUUUCCAUGGCCAUGACUACAAGAAAUGUUCCAGCUGGAAUGCCAUGUGUGGGAAGCUGCAGUGUGAAAAUGUGAAAGCCAUGCCUGUGUUUGGAAUCAAGCCUGCUAUUAUCCAAACUCCCAUCCAAGGCACCACAUGCUGGGGGGUGGAUUUCCAGCUGGGCUCUGAUGUCCCGGAUCCAGGGAUGGUGAACGAAGGCACCAAGUGUGGUAAUGGAAAGAUCUGCAGGCACUUCCAGUGUAUGAGUGCCUCUGUCCUGAAAUACGACUGUGACAUGGAGAAGCAGUGCCACGGGCAUGGGGUGUGCAACAACAACAGGAACUGCCACUGUGAAGCAGGCUGGGCCCCCCCUUUCUGUGAGGCCAAAGGCUACGGAGGCAGUGUGGACAGUGGCCCUCCAUACAAUGACAAAGACACCUCUCUGCGCAAUGGGCUGCUCGUGUUCUUCUUCCUGGUGCUGCCCCUGCUCGUGGCUGCUGCUCUGGCCUUUGCCAGGAGGGACAGGCUGAAGCGAGGCUGCAGGAGGCUGAUGUCCCGCUGCCACUCGUCAUUUCAGUCACCUCCUCCUCGGCCAGACACUGAGCCCAGGGACUGCCAGCAGAGAGGCUUCUCCCGUGGCAUGCCUUAUGCUCCAAGACCUGUACCCAUGGCCCCCACCCCCCCAGCAGAAGGUUGUACCUCAGGCAGUGCCAGCACAGCAGAAAUGUUUACCUCAGGGACAGUAUUUCCCUUCCCGACCGGCUCCUCUGCCUCCCAAAUAACUUGUGGCUUCCUCAGGCCUUGUGAGCUGAACCUGCUGCCUGCACAGCUGGAAUUGCAGUUCCCCUUCUGGCAUCCCGUGGCAGUGCCAGCAGCCUCCCUGCUGCAGUCUGGGACAGGGCAAACGAGAGAUCCAAACAGGAAUGUAGAACUGUGCACUCAAAUACCUCGACCAAAGCUCCAGGGACUGAAACACCCAGCCCCUCCCUUGCUCUGUCCAAGCUUUGCCACUGCAGCCAGGCUGGCAGCAGCAGUGCAGCAGCCUGCAGGGAAAUAAUCCUGAAAUCCAGCACGUGGGUUUGGGUUUCCCCAUUUCUGCCACGAGCCCUGGUAAGGAAAUUGUCUGAUGUGUUGUUGUCUCUCUGACUGUGCAGUGAGGAAUUGGAGUUUGCAAAGCAAGGAGAUCUGGUCAGUUAAUUUACAGUUACUCUGCAUGGACUGGAAAAUGUCUCCCAUGUACACCUUAAUGGCAUAAAUGGAAUGAGGUCUCAGAGGACUUUUUCAGGAAGAGAGAUAUUUUAAACAUGUUUAUGCAUGUAUAUAUGUUUAUAGAUGCAUAAUAAUGCACUUAAAUUCUUAACUCCAUGCUGACUGACACUAAGCUGUGCUAUAGGAGCAUGGAGUCUAAUGCUUUUUAAUUAGUGGCUAAAUGAGACUCCUGUACUAAUUCCCACUAAUACAUGGAUGGGUAGUGAAGAUAAAGGUACGAGAAGACACGGCCAUAUUCUGGUUUUAAAAAAUGGGGUGCUGUUCGGUUUUAAUUCAGGUCUAAAGACAGCAGCAGUCCCUGCAGAACACUGGGAAGCAGAAGUCUCUGCCUGGACCCACCAGAGCUUCUCUGAGCACUUUAAAUGGGAGCCUGGUGACUGAUGCACCCCCUCUUAACACCCAAACCCUUGUAAUGUCAGGAUGCUUCUGGGCUGCUGUGUGUUGGACGAGACUGCCCUCUGCUCCUGCACCAUGGGCUAGACUGGAUUUUGGAACUCCUGAGCAGAGGUGCUCAGCAUCCACUGUGCUAGGAGAGGGAGCUGUGGAUCCUGUGGUGCCGUGGGUAGGAGCUGGAUGUCGUGGUCACAAAUAGGAAUCUAUUGCACAACUUGCUAAAAGUGAGGUUCUAUUGCACAGACUUGCUAAAAGAGAGAUAAGUGCUGGAGAGUGUGCUGGGCUGUUUUACUCUGUGCUCACCACAAGCACAGCUCAAUCUAUAAAAUCCCCCUAAUAUUGCCAAAAAAAUAAUCUUUUCCUCUGUAUAUACAUACAUAAAUAUAUAUAUAGUGUGUGUAGUAAUAAAGUACUUGAACUCCUGUGGUUUCCCAUAAACUUAGACUAAGAUUUAUAACACUAUUAAAAUCUGUAAAAUGUCACCUAGAAUUUCACCAACUGUACUGUGGGGGGGGCGUCUCCUUUUUUGUUCCAGGAUAAUCAGUUACUUCCUAAUUGUGUUGCUGUGUCCGGCUCUGCCCGAGCAGGCUGGCUGUGUCUGUCUGUCUGUCUGUCACAAUGAGCUCUGCAGCUGGAUGCAGCCCAUCUCCAGCCCUGGUCAGAGGGUGGGGAAAGAGGAGGGGAUCCAGGGAAUGAAGUCAUCCAGAGCGAUGUACUGAACUGUGUGUGUGUGUGUGUGAACUAAACUAUGCUGAAAAUGGUGCCUUUACAAACCAAGAGUUUUUGUACUCCCGGCGUGCCCGUGGGAAGGUUCUAAAGUGAGCCCAGGGACAGGAACUAGCUCUGAUUUUUGGUGUUGGAUACAGAAGAUGACUACUGGACUACUGACUUUCUUUUGUGAAGUGUACGGAUACCUGUCCCAGGGCUGGGGCUGGGGUCAUGGAUGAACAGCCACGUUCCCCUCACAGCCAGCCCCUGCUGGGCUCUGGCCUAAGGGCUGCUCCCGCCCCCUUUGUGCAGACCCAACCAGCAAUAAAGAUGCCAGUUUUGUA